UCCUCCCCCACCACCUCUCCUCCUCUCGACGAGACGACCCAGCGGCCGGCGCCGCUGCUGCCUGGAAUAACUAUCGUAAAUGGCAACAGCUACUUAUCCACCUCCUCCACCAUAUUACAGACUGUACAAGGAUUAUGAACAAAACCCUAGCUCGGCUCCAGAACCUCCGCCUCCUAUCGAAGGGACCUACCUCCUAUAUGGUGCCAAUUACACUACUGAUGAUGUAUUGCCGACUUUGGAAGAUCAGGGUGUUCGUCAGUUGUACCCAAAAGGCUCAAAUGUUGAUUUCAAAAAGGAAUUGAGGUCACUAAACAGGGAACUACAACUGCAUAUUUUAGAGCUCGCUGAUGUUUUAAUAGAGCGGCCAUCACAAUACGCAAGGAGAGUGGAAGACAUUUCUCUUAUAUUCAAGAAUUUGCAUCAUCUUCUCAAUUCGUUACGUCCACAUCAGGCCAGAGCAACAUUGAUUCACAUACUCGAACUUCAGAUACAAAGACGAAAGCAAGCUGUGGAUGACAUAAAAAGGUGGAUCGCUGCGAAUUAGGGCACGGAUAUAGAUCGAUC